AAAACCCUGAGACAGAAACAUGACCGCAGGAGAGAGCGGGGUUCAUUCUUGGUCAGACACGUGGCCAACCUGACAGACGGACAAUCGGACAGACAGCGGGACAGCCGAGGAUGAUCUUGUUCCUAACGCUGCUGCUGGCCCUCACGUUGGUCCAGCCAGUGGCUCCAGAGGACUGGUGCUAUGAAUCCCAAGCCAAGAAAAUAUCAUGUACAGAACCAAGCAAGUGGUCUGGGAAUUGCCAGGACAAACAGCAGUCUCCAAUUAACAUCGACACUAAAUCAGUCCUUCGAAAUGACUCCUUGAAGCCUUUCCAGUUCGUCAACUAUGACAAGAAGGAGGCACGGGAUAUUAAAAACAAUGGGCACUCAGUGCAAGUGGACCUUAGUGGCUCAAUCAAGAUCUCUCAAGGUGGCCUGCCGGGGACUUAUAAGGCAGCCGCAUUCCAUCUGCACUGGUCAAACUCUGUGAACCAGGGCUCUGAACACACCAUCGAUGGGAAAUCCUAUGCCAUGGAGAUGCACAUUGUCCAUAUCAAGGACAAAUAUUCUAGUGUGUCAGAAGCACUCAAUGGGGAUGAAAAUAAUGAAAUCGCUGUGCUGGGAUUCCUAAUCAAGGCUUCAUCUGAAAAACAUCCUGGCUUCUCCAAUCUGGUGGAGAACCUGAAGAACAUCCCAUACAAAUCCAAAUUUGCCUCCCUUAAAGAGUUCAGCCUUUCUGACCUCCUCCCCAAAGUCGAUAAGUUGAAACAUUACUACAGAUACCAGGGCUCCCUCACUACUCCUGAUUGCCAAGAGAAGGUCAUCUGGACUGUGUUUCAGGAACCUAUCCAACUCCAUGAAGACCAGAUUUUGGAAUUCUCCAAGCAGCUGUUCUAUAAUAAGGAGAAUGAGGAAAAAAUGCCCAUCAUAGACAACUUCCGGAAAACACAGGCCCUGGGGAAUCGUCAGGUCUACACCUCCGGAGUGGGAAUGGCAUUGUCCCACGCCUGGCCCACGCUCCUGGCCCCUCUGCUCACCUACUUCCUGGCUACCUCCCUCCACUGAGAGACCUUGGACAUCUGACCUUCUGCACUCUGGAUUUUCACUAAGAUACUGUAGAGAUGUGUGUGUGUGUGUGUGUGUGUGUGUGUGUAUAUAUAUAUAUAUAUAUAUUUUUUUUUUUAGAUAAACUUUUCCUUAGCACCCAACUGCUGCCCUUAAGUAGCUCUAUUCUUUGUUUUAAAUGUGAUAUGUCUUAUCUUAAUAACAAUCCUCAUUGCCCAACUCAAACUGGUCCCAGCCUUGCCUUUUUGGAGUGGAUAAUUCUCAGAAUUUCCUAUAACCUCGGUCACUGUGCCUGUUUGAAUUUCUCCUCCUUCUGCUCACAUUGUGAAAGACCAAAGUUAGCCUUUGAACUUCCUCCUACCUGCCCUUUCAGCCUUUCGCUGGCCUGCCUCCACCCUGGAUUGUCUGGUCCAGCUUGCCCAGUUCUAAGCUGGAUGGCAAUCUAGCUGAAGUGUUAGCUGAUAAGACUCUAAGAUACCUACCCCUUCACUGGGAAAUCUCUACUUUAUCAAGGUCUUUGUGACACCGUU